AUGGCGUCGGUGGACCCCGAGAUCGCGAAGACGCAGGAAGAACGGAAGCGAAUGGAGCAGCAACUGGCGUCGCUCAACUCUGUCACCUUCGACACCGAUCUCUACGGAGGAAGCGAGAAGGACUCCUACCUCACUUCCAUCCCCGCCAAUGAGGAUGACGAGAAUCUCGACGCCAUGGACAACGAGGUUGCGCGCAAGCUUGCUUCCUACACCGCCCCCAAAUCUCUCCUCAAGGACAUGCCCUCCGCCCCCGAAUCGGACGCCGAUGUCGGAUUUCGCAAGCCUCAGCGCAUCAUCGACCGAGAAGACGAUUACCGCCGGCGUCGCCUCAACCAGAUCAUCUCCCCUGAGCGCCACGACCCCUUCUCCGCCGGCGAGAAGACCCCGGACCCCUCGGUGAGGACCUACGCUGAUGUCAUGCGCGAAGAGGCCCUCAAGAGGGAGAAGGAGGAAACUCUGAAGGCCAUCUCCAAGAAGAAGAAGGAGGAGGAGGAGGCUGCCAAGACUGCUCCCCCGCAACAGCAGCAGAAGAGGAGGAACCGGUGGGACCAGUCUCAGGAUGAUGGUGGUGCUGCCGCCGCCCCUGUGAAGAAGGCCAAAACGUCUGAUUGGGAUAUGCCUGACACCACCCCGGGGCGGUGGGAUGCUACCCCGACUCCGGGGAGGGUUUCAGAUGCGACACCUGGAAGGAGGAACCGGUGGGAUGAGACUCCUACCCCUGGUAGAGUUGCGGAUUCUGAUGCGACACCUGCAGGCGGUGUUACACCUGGUGCUACACCUGCUGGUAUGACUUGGGAUGCUACUCCUAAGCUUGCUGGGAUGGCUACCCCAACUCCUAAGAGGCAAAGGUCGAGGUGGGAUGAAACCCCUGCUACUAUGGGAAGUGCUACUCCAUUGCCUGGUGCUACUCCGGCUGCUGCUUAUACUCCUGGUGUUACUCCUGUUGGUGGUGUUGAACUCGCUACUCCCACCCCUGGGGCUUUACAAGGCUCCAUCACGCCGGAGCAGUACAAUUUGUUGAGGUGGGAGAGGGAUAUUGAAGAGAGGAAUCGCCCCUUGACUGAUGAGGAGCUUGAUGCCAUGUUUCCCCAAGAAGGCUAUAAGAUUUUGGAGCCCCCUGCUUCGUAUGUGCCCAUUAGGACGCCGGCUAGGAAGCUUCUUGCCACUCCUACUCCUUUGGGGACUCCUCUUUAUCAAAUCCCUGAAGAGAAUCGUGGGCAACAGUUUGAUGUUCCAAAGGAGGUGCCUGGUGGAUUGCCAUUUAUGAAGCCGGAGGAUUACCAGUACUUUGGGGCGCUGUUGAAUGAAGAGAAUGAGGAGGAGUUGUCCCCAGAUGAGCAAAAGGAAAGGAAGAUUAUGAAGCUUCUGCUUAAAGUGAAGAAUGGAACACCACCUCAGAGGAAGACAGCGUUGAGGCAGCUUACUGAUAAGGCUCGUGAGUUUGGUGCCGGGCCUUUGUUUAACCGGAUCCUGCCGUUGCUUAUGCAGCCUACACUUGAGGAUCAGGAGAGGCAUCUUUUGGUUAAGGUAAUAGACAGGGUUUUGUAUAAGUUAGAUGAGUUGGUUCGGCCUUUUGUGCAUAAGAUUCUUGUUGUUAUUGAACCCUUGUUGAUUGAUGAAGAUUACUAUGCCCGUGUUGAGGGGAGAGAAAUAAUAUCUAAUCUCAGUAAAGCUGCUGGGCUGGCUACAAUGAUUGCUGCUAUGCGGCCUGAUAUAGAUAACAUUGAUGAAUAUGUUAGGAACACUACUGCUAGGGCCUUUAGUGUUGUUGCAUCUGCUCUGGGUAUACCUGCACUGUUACCGUUCUUGAAGGCAGUUUGUCAGAGUAAGAAAUCAUGGCAGGCUAGGCACACAGGGAUUAAAAUUGUGCAGCAGAUUGCCAUUUUAAUUGGUUGUGCGGUGUUGCCACAUCUUAGAUCUCUUGUAGAAAUUAUAGAACAUGGUCUGAAUGAUGAGAAUCAGAAAGUGAGAACAAUCACUGCGUUGUCUCUUGCUGCCCUUGCUGAGGCUGCUGCUCCUUAUGGUAUUGAAAGUUUUGACUCUGUCUUGAAGCCACUGUGGAAGGGUAUUAGGCAGCACCGGGGGAAGGUGUUGGCUGCAUUUCUGAAGGCCAUUGGAUUUAUUAUUCCGUUGAUGGAAGCUCUGUAUGCCAGUUACUAUACUAAGGAAGUAAUGCUCAUUCUGAUUCGUGAAUUCCAGUCACCUGAUGAAGAAAUGAAGAAAAUUGUUUUGAAAGUCGUGAAGCAGUGUGUGAGCACUGAGGGUGUGGAAGCUGAAUAUAUUAGAAAUGAUAUCCUUCCUGAAUUUUUCAGGAAUUUCUGGGUUAGGAGGAUGGCUUUGGAUAGAAGAAACUAUAAGCAACUGGUGGAGACUACUGUAGAGAUUGCAAACAAGGUUGGUGUUGCAGAUAUUGUUGGUAGAAUUGUUGAGGAUCUUAAAGAUGAGAGUGAACCAUAUCGGCGAAUGGUUAUGGAAACUAUUGAGAAGGUGGUUACUAACUUGGGGGCAUCUGAUAUUGAUGCACGGCUGGAAGAGCUUCUGAUUGAUGGUAUUCUUUAUGCCUUCCAAGAGCAGACCAGUGAUGAUGCUAACGUGAUGCUCAAUGGGUUUGGUGCUGUUGUGAAUUCACUUGGACAGAGAGUGAAACCAUAUCUUCCACAGAUUUGUGGUACGAUCAAGUGGAGAUUGAACAACAAGAGUGCAAAGGUGAGACAGCAAGCAGCAGAUCUCAUUUCGAGGAUUGCUGUUGUCAUGAAGCAGUGCCACGAGGAACAAUUGAUGGGUCAUCUUGGUGUUGUCCUAUAUGAGUAUUUGGGAGAGGAGUACCCCGAGGUUUUAGGAUCAAUUCUGGGAGCUCUCAAGUCUAUUGUCAAUGUUAUUGGUAUGACAAAGAUGACUCCUCCUAUUAAGGAUUUACUUCCAAGGUUGACUCCAAUUUUGAAGAAUAGGCAUGAGAAAGUUCAGGAGAACUGUAUUGACCUUGUAGGCAGAAUUGCUGACCGUGGUGCUGAGUUUGUACCAGCCAGAGAAUGGAUGAGAAUUUGUUUUGAGCUGCUUGAGAUGCUUAAAGCACACAAGAAGGGUAUCCGUAGAGCUACAGUGAACACUUUUGGUUAUAUAGCAAAGGCCAUUGGCCCACAAGAUGUUCUAGCAACUCUGUUAAAUAAUCUCAAGGUUCAGGAGAGGCAGAACCGUGUCUGCACGACUGUAGCUAUUGCAAUUGUUGCAGAAACAUGUUCACCCUUCACAGUUUUACCAGCUUUGAUGAAUGAGUAUCGUGUCCCAGAACUUAAUGUGCAAAAUGGUGUGCUGAAAUCCCUCUCCUUCCUAUUUGAGUAUAUUGGUGAAAUGGGAAAGGACUACAUCUAUGCUGUGACUCCGUUGCUUGAGGAUGCUCUUAUGGACAGAGAUUUGGUUCACAGGCAGACUGCUGCCUCUGCUGUGAAGCACAUGGCAUUGGGAGUGGCUGGUUUGGGUUGUGAGGAUGCCCUGGUACAUUUGCUGAAUUAUGUAUGGCCGAACAUUUUUGAAACUUCUCCGCAUGUGAUUAAUGCUGUGAUGGAAGCAAUUGAAGGGAUGAGGGUAGCAUUGGGAGCGGCUGUAGUUCUGAAUUAUUGUCUGCAAGGGCUGUUCCAUCCUGCCCGGAAAGUUAGGGAGGUAUAUUGGAAGAUUUACAACUCCUUAUAUAUUGGAGCUCAAGAUGCUCUUGUAGCAUCAUACCCUGCCUUGGAGGAUGAGCAGAGCAAUGUAUACAGUAGGCCAGAGUUGAUGAUGUUCAUCUAG